GGCUUCACAAUUCCUGCGUGAUUUACUUACUUACUUUGAUCCUAUUUCUGUGUAUUUGACGGUGUCACAAUGCUUCUGAUGUUGGAAGAUGAGCACAAAGAACAUCUCUCGUUUCUUACUGAUGUAAAUCUAGACGUUGUGAGAGAGUUCUGUCGGAUAUCCUUGGAAUUCAUAAAGAAGGGAACGAACACAAAAGUGUACCAAGGGGCAGCACAAAAACUUGGCGUAUCCCCAGAAAAAGUCCACCAUGGUGUUGAAGGGUUGAUGUAUCUGCUGACAGAGAGCUCCAAGCUCAUGCUGAGCGAAAUUGACUUCCAGGACUCCAUCUUGACGUUAGGAUUCUCAGAGGAGCUGAGAUCCGAGUUGCUGACGAUGUAUUUAGAGAACAGACGGAGCAUCAGAUCCAUCUUGUCUGAGAUGUCCAUGGGCUUGCCUCAUUAUCAUAACUUAGAGUGGAGAUUUGAUAUCAGGUUGGCAAGUCGCUGCCUCAGGUACCAGGUUAAUCCCAUAAUGCUCAUGAAGCUCCACCUGGACAAUGGGGGAAAAAGGGAGACAACUGUACUACAGGCUGACCCUGUCAAUCUUGUUCACUUGACAAAUGUCCUAGAUGGCGCUUUGCAAGAAAUGAAAUCAGCACAUUGUCGGAGGAUAGUACGGAACAUCAAGUGACGAAAAGACAUCGUUGACUUGUGUAUCAUACUUGUUUAUUAUGUAAAUGUAUUAUGUAAAUGUAUUAUGUAAAUGUAUGACUGUUCACACAAUUCCAUUGUAUUCUUGUUCUGUGAAUGCAGCUAACAGAUACCCUUGAGGACAUCAGGGAUCACAAAGCAAUCUUGGACUGAAUACUUCAAAUCACUUUAAAAUUGUUAUCUCUUAUGUAACAGCAUCAAAAUAUUUCACCGUAACGGAAAUUCUUGGUAGGCUAUUGUAAGACAAAUUUCAGCUAAAAUAACCAAAACGGAAAUGAAAAGCUUAAAAUUUGUAAAUUGACUGAAGUCUAAGAUCGCUUCAUGAUACAAGGGCCAGUGAUGUGGCCAAGUCUAAACAGGGCUAUGGGCAUUGCACAGACUCCAUGAUCCCGGGGCCAGUGAUGUGGCCAAGCCUAAACAGGGCUAUGUGCAUUGCACAGACUCCAUGAUCCCAGGGCCAGUGGUGUGGCCUAAACUGAACAAGGCUAUGUGCAUUGCACAGACUCCAUGAUCCCGGGGCCAGUGAUGUGGCCAAGCCUAAACAGGGCUAUGUGCAUUGCACAGACUCCAUGAUCCUGGGGCCAGUGAUGUGGCCAAACCUGAACAAGGCUUUGUGCAUUGCACAGACUCCAUGAUCUCAGGGCCAGUGGUGUGGCCAAAACUGAACAAGGCUAUGUGCAUUGCACAGACUCCAUGAUCCCAGGGCCAGUGGUGUGGCCAAACCUGAGCAAGGCUAUGUGCAUUGCACAGACUCCAUGAUCCCGGGGCCAGUGAUGUGGCCAAACCUGAACAAGGCUAUGUGCAUUGCACAGACUCCAUGAUCCCGGGGCCGGUGAUGUGGCCAAACCUGAACAAGGCUAUGUGCAUUGCACAGACUCCAUGAUCCUGGGGCCAGUGGUGCCAUACUUGUCAGGCCAUACAUUAAAGCGUCAGACUAAUAAACUAAUAUAAUUUAAGAUGUACAGCCCAAAGAGCAGGACUAGAAAAACGACAGUGUGAUAGCUGGCUGAUGGUCACAAGUAACUGGUGAAAUACACCCUCUUGUCA